AUGGGCCUGUUCCCCGUCAUCAUCCACGGAGCCGGCCCCCAGAUGAACAAGCUGCUUGGAGAAGCCGGAAUCGAGCCUCAGUACAGCGAGGGCAUCCGCAUCACCGAUGGUCCCACGCUCGGCGUCGCACGCAAGCUGUUCCUCGAGGAGAACCUCAAGCUUGUCGAGGCUCUUGAGUCGUGGGGUGUUCGCGCCCGCCCCGUCACUUCGGGCGUGCUCAUGGCCGACUACAAGGACAAGGACACAUGGAAGUUCGUCGGAGAGGUCAACAAGGUCAACACCGACCCCAUCAAUGCCGCCAUUGCCGACAACUACAUCCCCGUCCUCACCUGCAUGGCCGAGAACAACGAGGGUCAGCUCCUCAACGUCAACGCCGACAAGGCCGCUGCCGAGCUGGCCAAGGCCCUUGUCCCCCUCAAGAUUGUAUACCUGUCCGAGAAGGGAGGUCUGCACAACAAGGACACGGGCAAGCUGAUCGAGGCUAUCAACCUCGACGAGGAGUACGACCGCUACAUGAACAUGCCCUGGGUCAUCCACGGCACCCGUUCCAAGAUCCGAGACAUCAAGGACCUCCUUGACCACCUGCCUCGCUCUUCCAGUGUCGCCAUCAUCCACCCCGAGAGUCUUGAGCGCGAACUGUUCACUCACACCGGUGCCGGAACCCUGAUUCGCCGUGGUACCAAGCUCCACAAGGCUUCAUCGCUUUCCGAAUUUUCCGACGUGAACAAGCUCAAGCAGGUUCUUGUCCGCGACCGUGAGGGUCUUGACGCCGAGGCUGUGGUCGACCGCUACCUCGACAGCCUCAAGGGCAAGACUUUCGCCGCCUACCACGAUGAGGGUAUGGAGGCUCUUGCUGUUGUCCUCCCNCCUGACUCGUCCUCCCCUAGCGGUCUGGCUCACUUGGCUACUUUGACCAUGACCCGUUCCGCAUGGCUCUCCAACAUUGCCGACAAUGUCUUCCAGCACUUAAAGAACGAUUACCCUAAGCUUGCCUGGACCGUGAAGCAGGACGACGAGAAUCUGACUUGGUUCUCCGAGAAGGCCGAUGGCAGCAUCGCCCGCCAGGGUGAGGUUCUCUUCUGGUACGGCAUUGAGACGCCCGAGGAAGUGCGCGAGUUAAUGGCCGAGUUCAUUCAACACGGCAGACAGAUGUUCGGUGAUAACAACCUCGAGAGUCAGCUCCACCGCGCUGCAUCAGGUGCUCUUAGAAUCAAGAAUGUCGCACAAAAGCUGCAGCAGCACAGAGAAUCGCUUGGCCAACAGACCAGAGCCUUUUCGACCAGCUCCUUCUCUUCGCGCAACAUGCAGCGUGUUCGCAGGUUAGUCGUGCUAGAACCUUGA